AUGCCUCUGCAUGGGGACCUGCAGAUAGCUGCUUAUCUACAUCACGUGCCUCUGCAUUGGGACCUGCAGAUAGCUGCUUAUCUACAUCACGUGCCUCUGCAUUGGGACCUGCAGAUAGCUGCUUAUCUACAUCACGUGCCUCUGCAUGGGGACCUGCAGAUAGCUGCUUAUCUACAUCACGUGCCUCUGCAUGGGGACCAGCAGACAGUUGCUUAUCUACAUCACGUGCCUCUGCAUGGUGACCUGCAGAUAGCUGCUUAUCUACAUCACGUGCCUCUGCAUGGGAACCUGCAGAUAGCUGCUUAUCUACAUCACAUGCCUCUGCAUGGGGACCAGCAGAUAGCUGCUUAUCUACAUCACGUGCCUCUGCAUGGGAACCUGCAGAUAGCUGCUUAUCUACAUCACGUGCCUCUGCAUGGGAACCUGCAGAUAGCUGCUUAUCUACAUCACAUGCCUCUGCAUGGGGACCAGCAGAUAGCUGCUUAUCUACAUCACGUGCCUCUGCAUGGGGACCAGCAGAUAGUUGCUUAUCUACAUCACAUGCCUCUGCAUGGGAACCUGCAGAUAGCUGCUUAUCUACAUCACGUGUCUCUGCAUGGGAACCUGCAGAUAGCUGCUUAUCUACAUCAUGUGCCUCUGCAUGGUGACCUGCAGAUAGCUGCUUAUCUACAUCACGUGCCUCUGCAUGGGAACCUGCAGAUAGCUGCUUAUCUACAUCACAUGCCUCUGCAUGGGGACCAGCAGAUAGCUGCUUAUCUACAUCACGUGCCUCUGCAUGGGAACCUGCAGAUAGCUGCUUAUCUACAUCACGUGCCUCUGCAUGGGAACCUGCAGAUAGCUGCUUAUCUACAUCACAUGCCUCUGCAUGGGGACCAGCAGAUAGCUGCUUAUCUACAUCACGUGCCUCUGCAUGGGGACCAGCAGAUAGUUGCUUAUCUACAUCACAUGCCUCUGCAUGGGAACCUGCAGAUAGCUGCUUAUCUACAUCACGUGUCUCUGCAUGGGAACCUGCAGAUAGCUGCUUAUCUACAUCACGUGUCUCUGCAUGGGAACCUGCAGAUAGCUGCUUAUCUACAUCAUGUGCCUCUGCAUGGGGACCAGCAGAUAGCUGCUUAUCUACAUCACAUGCCUCUGCAUGGGACCAGCAGAUAG